AUUUGGAAAAAACUAACAAAAGGAAUAGAAUUUCAUUCAAUUCGAAGGGAAAGGAAGAAGAUUUUUGCAUUCAACAAGGAAAGGGUGUGUUUUUUGUUUGUGGGCAAGAAUUUGUUUACGUGUAUGUAAUGCAUCAGAAGAAAUCGGAAGUUCAGAUCGGAAAAGAAAGCAGCGGCGUCUCUUCCGAUUUCAAUCCCACCUUCUCCUCUGUUUACCAGAAGCAGCAACCCCAGCAUUUUCAACACCUAUCCGAUACUACCAAACUCAGUCCCAGUACUUGUGUUGCGGUGUUUCCACAAAUCAUCACCCAUGCGCCUUCCCAGAAUGCCCCACUUGAUCCGCCGCCGCCCUCAUCCUCGUCUCCGGCGCCCUACAAGAGAUCUCUUCUGACACAAGCUCAGUCUCGUUCUAUGCCCAAAUCUCCGACCUUGUACCGUUUCUCCACAACCCCUCUUUUCAAUUCCCAAAAUUCCCCUUCCUUCUUCUCAUUCUCCCUUGCUGCCAAGUCUGCAGUUUAUAGAAUCAUCCGUCGUUUCAAGAAUUUGCGCCGUCUACGUUCCCAUAUUCGUUUGGUCCUGCUUUUAUCUCUCCUCUUUUUCUAUUUCCUAGUCUCCCACCCGACCCAUUCUUUUCUGCAUGAUUUUCUCUCUGCUUUUGCAUUCUCAGCUGCUCUUCUUUUCUCACUCAAUCUCGCGCUCCCUCGCCUCCCGUCUAUUCGCUUGUUCCUGUCACGUUCUUUCCCAAUUAAUCUCACAUCUUCAUCUUCAAUAACCAGGGCACCUUUUCCGGUGUUUUGGUCUAUAGGAUCUGAGAAGCGAACCAAUUCGGGAUGUUGGGUGCAGGUUUACAGCAACGGGGAUGUGUACCAGGGGGAGUUUCUUAAGGGAAAGUGUUCAGGGAGUGGGGUUUAUUACUAUUACAGGAGUGGGCGGUACGAGGGGGAUUGGGUUGAUGGUAAGUAUGAUGGAUAUGGGGUGGAGACGUGGGCAAGAGGAAGCAGGUAUCGUGGCCAGUAUAGGCAGGGUCUCAGGCAUGGAUUUGGAGUGUACAGGUUUUAUACAGGCGAUGUUUAUGCCGGGGAAUGGUCUAAUGGGCAGAGUCAUGGCUGUGGAGUGCACACCUGUGAAGAUGGCAGCAGAUAUGUAGGGGAAUUCAAGUGGGGUGUCAAGCAUGGGCUUGGCCAUUACCAUUUUAGGAAUGGAGAUACUUAUGCUGGAGAAUAUUUUGCAGACAAGAUGCAUGGAUUUGGUUUAUAUUGUUUUGCAAAUGCGCAUAGGUAUGAGGGUGCCUGGCAUGAGGGUAGAAGGCAAGGGCUUGGAAUGUAUACAUUUAGAAAUGGAGAGACACAAUCUGGUCACUGGCAAAAUGGAAUCCUUGAUAUCCCAAGCACACAGAACACUACGUACCCUGUAUCACCUAUAGCUGUUUAUCACUCUAAAGUCCUUAAUGCAGUGCAGGAAGCUCGACGUGCAGCAGAGAAAGCAUAUGAUGUGGCCAAGGUAGAUGAGAGGGUUAGCAGAGCAGUAGUUGCUGCUAAUGUGGCAGCCGACACAGCUAGAGUAGCAGCAGUUAGAGCAGUUCAGAAGCAAAUACAUCACAGUAAGACCACUGACAACAUUCCCAUUGCCAUAGUGUGAUACUUUUGACAAAAACUCUUUUCACUGCUGAAAAUAGGUUAACCAGCAGCAAAGAGUGUGAUAGCCUAUGUGUUUCAUCUCACAUUCAAUACUGUCAUUUCUCUUUGGUCUCUUGUAUUCUUAUGAGAGACUAAUUGUGCGUGCCUUCACAUUAAUGUCUGGCAUGGAGAAGGACUUAUUUCUUUUAACCUAAUAAUAGCUUCCAGACAAGGAGUUGCCAGUUUAUAGUUGUGGAGAGGGAAUUUAUAGUUUUAAGAUGGCGAUUAUGUCACCCUCUGUCAAAAUGAUUUUUGCUUUCUAUCUUGGAGCAGUUUUGUAUAGAUGAGCUAGAUGUAUGUAGAUAUGUAGAUAAGUGCUGGUGUACAGAUGAAAUGAAAAGGAAGCUCAAACAGUAACUGUUGUAACUUGUAAUCGAACUUGGUCUUUGAAUUGAAGUACACUCAGGCCUCUGAGUGGCAUUUCUCU